AUCAUUAGCAAACCAACAAUCGCCAGAAAUCAUCACAUUCCACCACAACGGCAAGAACCUGUUGCUCUAAUUUUCGAAGAGACUCACAAUGAACGCACCGACAUUAUUCACAAGGAGAGGCUUCUCCAUCUGUCUGUCCUGCAGGAGGAAUUUCAUGCGCCAUUUCUCCUCAACACCAGCUCCGUUCGCCUCUUUCCAGUCCUACCCACUCAACCCACGCCCCCAGACAUUGCCUCGAAAUGCCUCCAUACCAGACUCUUCGAUAGCACAUCCAGUACAAUCUCCAUCACCGAGGGUCCACGAGACUCGGCCACCCAAGGAAGCACCGAAAGAGGCCAGCACAAUCAGCCCGACGCCACAGACCUCUGUGCGCGAGCAAGAAGCGCAGACAUCCAAGCGCGAAUUUGCGGCUGGCCCGCCGACGACCGCAUCAUCAUCAUCAUCAUCAUCAUCACCAUCACCGCCCCCCUCCUCAGCAAGCACAUCCGUUCCGGCGAAAGAAGCGGCGGCGGCGGCGGCUCCGGCGCCUUCCCCGGCCCCGGCAGCGAAGCCACGGUCCAAGCUGCGCGCCCCGCGCAAGGCGGCCAUAAAGCUGACGCAGGCGGCGGUGUCGCAGCUGCGGGCGAUGCUGGACCAGCCGGACCCGAAGCUGAUCAAGGUCGGGGUGCGCAACCGGGGCUGCAGCGGGCUGUCAUACAACCUCGAGUACGUGGACCGGGCCGGGGCGUUCGACGAGGCGGUCGAGCAGGACGGGGUGAAGGUGCUGAUUGACAGCAAAGCGCUGUUCAGCAUCAUCGGGACCGAGAUGGACUGGGUCGAGGACAAGCUGAGCCAGAGGUUUGUGUUCCGGAAUCCGAAUAUCAAGGAACAGUGCGGAUGCGGCGAGUCGUUCAUGGACGAUAAAACCCAGCCCAGCCCCAGCUUCAAUUUCUUCGGCACGAUGGUCGCCUGUCCCAUCUGCAAUCGACAGGUAAAGUCUUCGGGAAUCAACAACCACCUCGACUCGGGCUGCGAAACAUUCCUCAUCGAAGACGGCAACGGCAGCGGCAACGGGGCUGGAUCCGCCAAUGGCAGCCGAACCUCCUCUCCGCCGACCGGUAGCCAGAGCAUCCCCUCCUCGUCGAGCAAGAAACGAUCGGCCUCCACGUUCUUUCAGACGCCGGCUGUAAAACGACAGCUCACAAACUCAAAGGUCCUAUCUCCGGUCGUCACCGACUCGGUAACAAAGACGAAUGGCGUCAAGAGGGCAUAUGAUGCGGGACCUGGGCAAAGCUCACCCAUAGGAGCGAAGAGGGACGGGCAGGCGAACAAAGAUCCCUCGGCGGCAGAAUCUGGCCCCGUCGUAAAACGUGUCAAGACCAACCGUUCUGCCCCUCUCGCCGAGCGUAUGCGGCCGCAGUCGCUCGAUGAUGUCUUUGGGCAGGACCUCGUGGGACCGCACGGCGUGUUGCGGGGCCUCAUCGAGGCGGAUCGGGUGCCGUCCAUGAUCCUGUGGGGCGGCUCGGGGACGGGGAAGACGACGAUAGCGCGCUGCGUCGCCCAUCGCGUGGGCAGUCGCUUCGUCGAGCUCAACGCAACGAGCACCGGCGUUGCCGAAUGCAAGAAGCUGUUUGCGGAGGCGGGCAACGAUCUGGCGCUGACGGGGCGGAAAACCAUCAUCUUCUGCGACGAGAUCCACCGGUUUUCAAAGUCACAGCAGGACGUGUUCCUCAGGCCCGUCGAGGCGGGCACGAUAACCCUGAUUGGGGCGACGACGGAGAACCCCAGUUUCAAGAUCCAGGCCGCGCUGCUGAGCCGGUGCAGGACGUUUACCCUCUCCCCGCUCUCGGCGGAGGACGUCCAGCGCAUCCUGGUGCGGGCUGUCGGUGCCGAGCAAGAAGCCAGCCCGUCUCAGCCCAUUUCCCCGCUGAUCGACGAGGAGCUCCUUACCUACCUGUCCGCUUUCGCCGACGGCGACGCGCGGACGGCCCUGAACCUCCUCGAGUUGGCCCUAUCGCUGACCAGCAAGCCGCUGCAGGACGGCCAUCCGCCGACCAAGGAGUCGAUCAAGGCGUCGCUUACCAAGACGCUCGUGUACGACCGGGCUGGCGACCAGCACUACGACACCAUCUCGGCCUUCCACAAGGCGGUGCGCGGGUCCGACGCGGACGCGACCGUCUACUACCUGGCGCGCAUGCUGCAGUCGGGCGAGGACCCGCUCUUCAUCGCGCGGCGCAUGGUGGUGAUCGCCAGCGAGGACGUCGGGCUCGCCGACAGCACGCUGCUGCCGCUCGCGACGGCGGCGUACGCCGCGGCGCAGCAGAUCGGCAUGCCCGAGGCGCGCAUCCCGCUCGCCCACUGCGCCGUCGCGCUCGCCCUGGCGCCCAAGAGCACGCGCGCCUACCGCGCCCUCAACAACGCCUACGCCGCCCUCCGCGAGCCGGGCGUCGCCGCCCUGCCCGUGCCCGUGCACCUGCGGAACGCGCCCACGAGGCUGAUGAGGGAGAUGGGGUACGGCAAGGAAUACAAGUACCCGCCCAACUACAGGGACGGGAAGGUCAGGCAGGAUUACCUGCCCGAGGCCCUGCUCGGGAGGACGUUCCUCGAGGAGAGGGAUCUGGGGACCGAGAUCGAUCCGGAUAUGGAGAUGACGGAGGGCUGAGUUGGUGCUGCGUAUGCUGCGUUGGUUGAGAAAGGGGGGCACCCCGUUGGACAAGCGUUGUUUUACAGCCCCCCUUUCCUUGGGCCCUAUUUGUUGUCCUAUCAUAGAGUUGGACUUGUUGUCACUGGGGGUUAGGAUAGAUUGGCCUCACGGCUGAAAGGCGUACAUAAUCAAACAAAUAUCAUCACUCGGGAGCAGACAGUCGUGCUCUUGAAAUCCUGAUUC